CGCGAGGCUCCGCCCUCCACCCGCCUCCACAGUAAAUAGACCGGAGCAGGCGUGUGGGCUUGUGUAGUAAUGCGCUCAUUCUAGGUGAGAGGAGGCUGCAGCGUCCUGCCCUGGCCUGAGCGAUGCUGAGACGCUGCGCUACGCGCCUGCGCACUCUUGGGGCCCCGCCUGAGAAGCUGCCGGGAGUAGUGUGGAGGUUAUUUUCUUCUGAGAAAGUCAUUCACAAGGACUAUGGUCUCCCGAACCCCAGCUGGAGCAAGGACCUAAGACGACUCUUUGACCAGUUCAUGAAGAAAUGUGAAGAUGGUUCCUGGGAACGUUUGCCUUCAUACAGACAAAAUCCUGUUCAGAUCUUUAAAGAAUUUCAAACCCGUUUUGUUGACCCCAGGUCUAUUACGAGAGAACAACAAAUAUCAAACGCCCAACAGUUCAGCAGAAGCUUAGAGGAAGGCCUGGGCUUUGAGUAUGUGAUGUUCUAUAAUAAAGAAGAGAAGAGGAUGGUUUGCUUGUUCCAAGGAGGUCUUCACCUGCAAGGGGUACCUGGAUUCCUUCAUGGAGGUGCCAUUGCAACCAUCAUCGAUAUCACUACUGGCAUGUGUGCACUUGCCCAGGGAGUUGCCAUGACUGCCAACCUCAACAUCGACUAUAAAAAACCUAUCCCCCUUUGUUCUGUUGUGGUGGUAAACGGCCAACUUAGUAAGACUGAAGGAAGAAAACUUUUUAUUUCCUGUGAUAUCCAGAGUAUUGAUGAGAAGACUUUAUACACAUCGGCAACAACUUUAUUUAUAAAGCUGGAUCCUGACAAACGUUUGACAUAAAAGAACUUCUGGUGAAGUCCACACUGUUCUGCAUGAGGUCCUCCUCCAGAAGCGGCACCUAUCUCCCUCCACUCCUGUCCCAGCUGCUGAAUCCCCAGGAGAAAGCCUGGCUCACAGACCCUUCAGGACAGCCUCUGAAACACAGGGCUGCAGGAAUUGUCCACCUUCCAGACUUUUUCAUAAGAAGCACUCCCUGAGAGAGUCUCAGCGGUCAUCUGUAUCCCUAGGACAAAUAUGUGGUCCUGAAAUGUGAACAGACUUCAGAGCUAACAAGCACAGCACCUGCUCCACAGCAGACUGCAGAAAAAAGACUGUAUUGAAACUUUCACUGUAAACAUGGAAGUGGAGUGGUGUGUGUGGAGUGCACAUGUGCAUAAGCACGUACUGUGUGUGUACUGUGUGUUAUCAAGCGGGUUUGUUGUAUGUGAACAGACAUCUUUCUGGCCAUAAUAGGGAACACAGCUCAUUGCUAUGGGAAUGGAUCCCACACAUCUGUUGUCUGGGAUCCUAGAGAUUAAACCGUUGUUCAUUUUUA